AUGGCAGAAACCACGCCUCAGCCUUCAAAUGCGCCUUCGCGAUCAUUUCGUUCAUUUAUUUGGGACACAGAUACUCAUUUGAAGAGCCAUGAAGAACACGUAUUGCUCCGAAAGUUGGAUUGGUCGAUCUUGACCAUAGGAUGCUUGGGCUUCUUCAUGAAGUAUCUCGACCAAGGAAACCUUGCAAACGCCUAUGUAUCGGGGAUGCAAGAGGAUCUCAAGAUGUUUGCCAACGAGUACACGUAUGCUCAAAUGGUUUAUACCUGCGCGUAUGCUGUGAUGCAGAUUCCCAGCACUCUGAUUGUUCAGAAGAUCAGACCGAGCAUUUGGCUAGCCGGAAUGGAGGUCGGAUGGGGAGUCUUUACUUUUGCUCAAGCAGGGACGCAGAAUGUCGGCCAGCUUUACUCAUUUCGGUUUCUUGUCGGUUUCUUUGAAAGCUCCUUCUUUCCUGUCCUACUCUAUGUCCUUGGAAGCUGGUACACCAAGACCGAACUUGCGAAGAGAGUCGCCAUUUUCCACAUGACCGCCCCUCUGGGUGCGGCUUUUGGCGGAUAUCUGCAAGCGGCGGUUUACAAGAGCCUCGAUGGUGCUCAUGGUCACGCAGGAUGGCGAUGGCUAUACAUUGUCUGUGGGGCUAACACGCCAUACACCACCAAGUCCAAAUUUCUGACCGCAAAAGAAUGCGAGUUGGCGAUUGACCGAGUAACGAAAGCUGGUAAAGCGGCACCUGCAGGAGUCACGUUGGCGACUUUCAAGAGAGUUCUCCUAAAAUGGAGAUGGUAUGCUUUUGUCUUAGGAUAUGUCCUCUAUGGCGAAUCUUGUCAAUCAGGUGGAUACUUCGCCAUCUGGCUCAAGGCGGAGAAGUUCUCAGUUGUAGACAGAAACGUGAUUCCAACCGGCUCAAAGCUCAUCAGCGCUUUCUGUAUCAUUCUGUGGGGCUUCCUCUCCGACUACACCGGGAGCCGCUUUGCAUUGAUUAUUUGCCCAUUGGUGCUUACCUUGAUUCCCAACGGCAUCUUAGCUUUCUGGCCUCCAAGCGUACAGCUGAAGCUAUUUGCUUUCCUGGCGAGCAGCGUGCAUCUGAUGACCGCAGUAUUCUAUACGUGGACAAAUGAAAUUUGUGCCGGCGACAAUGAGGAGCGCGCCUUGGUAAUCAGCAGUAUGAAUGGAAUGCAAUACGCCGUCGACGCUUGGCUUCCUCUAGUCAUCUUCCCACAAACCAUGGCUCCAAGCUUUAGGUACGGAUUUCCUGCGACUUUUGGUUUCAUCCUUGCUGCAAUUAUUGCAGUGAUUGGCAUUCGCCUUUUGGUUCUCCGGGAACAGAAGCAAGGAUCCAAGGAUGGAGAGACAACUUUGGAAUCUGGACGAGUAGAAUUUCACCCCGAAGAAAAUGAGAGCAUCGGAGAAAGUGACAAGGUCGACAAGAAGUAG